GGGAGAGCCGCGCCGCUGCCAGSGCGCCUCCGCACCGCCGCAGGGAGCCGUGCCCGGGCCCACAGCUUACCUGUGAAAGGAAUAGAAGUUUCCUGGAGUUUGGCCUAAGGUGUGAAAGGACUUUCUUCAAGUCUACCCUCUGCAGCAAAGCUCGACAUCCACCAUGUUGCCCUGUGGACCAGCUCUGUCCUUUAUUCGGUGUCUGGUGCGGAAGAAGAACAUCAAUGGUGAAAGCCUUGAGGACACCAAGCUGUGCCGGUGUUUAUCGACAGUGGACCUUAUAGCCCUGGGAGUGGGAAGCACGCUCGGUGCUGGCGUUUAUGUCCUUGCUGGAGAAGUGGCCAAAUCCGAUUCUGGACCGAGCAUCGUUAUUUCUUUCCUCAUCGCUGCSCUUGCGUCUGUGAUGGCAGGUCUCUGCUACGCCGAGUUUGGUGCUCGUGUUCCCAAGACCGGUUCAGCGUAUUUGUACACCUAYGUUACAGUUGGUGAACUGUGGGCUUUCAUCACUGGCUGGAACCUUGUUCUAUCCUAUAUUAUAGGUACAUCAAGUGUAGCAAGAGCCUGGAGUGGCACCUUUGAUGARCUUCUUGGAAAACGGAUUGGUCAUUUCUUCAGUGCCUACUUAAAAAUGAAUUACUCUUGGCUAGCAGAGUAUCCUGACUUCUUCGCUGUAUUCCUUAUAUUACUUUUAUCAGGUCUUUUAUCUUUUGGAGUAAAAGAGUCUGCAUGGGUGAAUAAAAUUUUCACUGCUAUUAACAUCUUGGUCCUAUUCUUCGUUAUGAUUUCUGGUUUUGUGAAAGGAGAAGUUGACAACUGGAAAAUAAGUGAAGAAUAUCUCAGAAACCUUACUGCAAUAACAGAGAACCGCACAUCCUAUGAAAAUGUGACAAGUAUAUAUGGGAGUGGUGGCUUUAUGCCAUACGGUUUCACAGGAACAUUGGCUGGUGCUGCAACCUGUUUUUAUGCUUUUGUAGGAUUUGACUGCAUUGCAACAACUGGAGAAGAGGUCAAGAAUCCUCAGAAAGCCAUACCCAUAGGAAUUGUGGUGUCCCUGCUUGUCUGCUUCAUGGCCUAUUUUGGGGUUUCAGCUGCACUGACACUAAUGAUGCCAUACUAUCUGCUAGAUGAGAAAAGUCCCCUGCCAGUAGCAUUUGAAUACGUUGGAUGGGGUCCUGCUAAAUACGUUGUAGCAGUGGGAUCCCUCUGUGCUUUGUCCACAAGUCUUCUUGGAUCCAUUUUCCCAAUACCACGUGUAAUCUAUGCUAUGGCGAAGGAUGGGUUGCUUUUCAAAUGUCUAGCUCAGAUCAAUUCCAAAACGAAGACCCCACUAGUUGCUACUCUAUCGUCUGGUGCAGUAGCAGCUGUAAUGGCAUUUCUGUUUGACCUAAAGGCUCUAGUGGACAUGAUGUCUAUUGGCACACUUCUUGCUUAUUCACUUGUAGCAACCUGUGUCCUCAUUCUUAGGUACCAACCCACCUAUGAGGGACCAAAAUACUCUCCAGAAAAAGCAGCUUUGGCUGCAGCUGAAAGGGAAUCUGCAGUAAGUGAGUCACGGAUAAACAUGAUAGAAGAGAAUCGCUUCCAUCUUCAGGCCUUGAUGAAUCCAUCCAGUUUACCAACUGAGCAGACUGCAAAUAUAGUUAACUUUUUAGUGGGUCUCUUAGCUUGCUUGAUUUGUGGCUUGAGUGUCCUCAUUACAUAUGGGAUUCAUUUUAUUGCUAAGUUGGAGCCGUGGAGUAUUGGCCUUCUUGCUUUGUUGGUGGUAUCCUUUGUAGUUACCGUUCUCCUCAUCCAAAGGCAGCCUCAGAACCAGCAGAAAGUAGCCUUUAUGGUUCCACUAUUGCCAUUUUUGCCAUCAUUCAGUAUACUGGUAAAUAUUUACUUGAUGGUGCAAUUAAGUGGAGAAACUUGGAUCAGAUUUAGCAUCUGGAUGGCACUUGGUAUGUACUUCUGCUCAUUUCAGUCAUUUCAUAAACUAGAAUUCAUGAAUCCCACCUUAAAACAUAGUUUUUCUUCAAAUAUUUGAAAAAAUCUCAGUGCUUUAAUAAAAGCCAGCUAAUAUUUCUGAUCAAAAGAAGAGUAAGCUUCGGAAGAAGUAUUUCUAUGCAGUCAAAAUUGUAAAUAAAGCUUUUAAGUAACAAGAGGAAUUCCAAUAUACCAUGACUUUUUUUCCUGGUAUGUAUAGCCAAAAUUUUAUAUAAACCUGCUUGUAAGAGGUUUCUUCCCUUGUAUCA